CGCGUCCCGCAGCGCAGGCUCGGCCAGACCCGGCGGCGCCCGAGAGCCCCGACGUGCGCCUCAAAUCUGGCGUUUUAUUUCACCGCCGGGGCGUUGGUCGGCCGAAAAAAAAGUUAUCGGAUAGAUUUUUUUUUUGGCAGCGACGUUGCUGCGGGGUGUGCUAAAUGCACAGUUAAGGUGGAAUAGCGGGGUAGUCAUUUCCCAGAAAACUGUUUACUGACGCUUAUCCCAAGUGUGAUCAUUUGAUUUAAAGUCACUCCACGAUAAGGAGCGCCGUAUGAUGUAAAAGACGCCAUGGACCAGCUAGAGCAACGUGUCAAUGAGUUUUUUAUCAAUGCGAAAAAGAACAAACCCGAAUGGAGGGAAGAACAGAUGGAGGUUAUAAAGAAGGACUAUUACAAGGCGUUGGAAGAUGCAGAUGAAAAGGUCCAGUUAGCCAAUCAGAUUUAUGACUUAGUGGAUCGUCACCUCAGGAAGCUGGACCAGGAGCUGGCCAAGUUCAAGAUGGAGCUGGAGGCUGACAACGCUGGCAUCACAGAGAUCCUCGAGAGGCGUUCCCUGGAGAUGGACAGCCCGUCUCAGCCUGUGAAUAACCACCAUGCUCACUCACACACCGCCGUGGAAAAGAGGAAAUACACGACUCCGGCGCACCACACCACCGAGCACGUCCCCGAGAAGAAGUUCAAGUCGGAGGCCCUUCUGUCCACCCUCACGUCCGACGCGUCGAAGGAGAACACGCCAGGGUGCAGGAACAGCAGCUUGUCCUCUGCCUCCAACAACGCGUACAACGUGAAUUCAUCCCAGUCUCUUACCUCCUACAACUUGAGCUCCCUGCCCGCGGGGGUGGGGGCCGGGGCGGGGGCCAUCACCAUGGCGGCAGCCCAGGCCGUGCAGGCCACUGCCCAGAUGAAGGACGGCCGCAGGACCUCCAGCCUGAAAGCCAGCUUCGAGGCCAUCAAGAACAACGACUUCCCGCUGAACCGCGAGUUCUCCCUGUCCCGCGAGUCGCCGGGCUUCUCCUCGUCGGCUCUGGCCUCCACACUCACACAGACCCUGGCCCCCUCAUCCUCAGACUCCCGGGGGGGGCGCAAGUCCAAGAACAACACAAAGUCUUCAAAUCACCAGUCCUCUUCCUCGUCCUCGUCUUCCUCCCUCUCGUCCUGCUCCUCUAACUCCGCCCUCGCCCAGGAGCUGCAGCAGGUGUCAGCCCUGCCAGAGUCUGAGGCCAACAGCCAGGUGGACUGGACAUAUGACCCCAAUGAACCCCGGUACUGCAUCUGCAACCAGGUGUCCUACGGAGAGAUGGUGGGGUGUGACAAUCAAGACUGCCCCAUCGAGUGGUUCCACUAUGGCUGUGUGGGCCUGACAGAAGCCCCCAAAGGCAAGUGGUACUGUCCCCAGUGUACAGCCGCCAUGAAGAGGAGGGGCAGCCGGCACAAAUAAGCCCUGUCGCCACGGUGACGGCUUCACCUGGACCAUCCACGGCGCGCUCCCAGAAUCGCCCUCCUCUUUCCAGCCAACUCGGUCAAAGGCAGCCCCAGAAUUCUGGGGUGGGGAGGGUGACUUUAUCCGCUGUCUGUACACAGUUAAGCAGCUCCUUCUUUGUGUGUUUUGUGUAAAAGAAUCGUAAGAGCUAUUGCGCAUCUUCCAUUUAAAAAAAUUGUCAAGAGUAUUAGACCCUCAAAACUCAUAGCCGAAACAUUCCAGUCUGUUCCUCAAGCGGACUGAACGGGCCCAGUCCUGGCCCUCCCCCACACCCCUGACGUGUCUUAAACACGUAUCCUGGACGGCUCAUUGGAAGAGAACGAGGAUCAGCUAACGAUGUUCGUUGGAAAUGUCCGAGAUUGGGCGAAAUGGGCGAUAAUCUGAGCUACUUUUUCUCGAUUAACCCGCCGAUUUUUACAGCCGUCUGCAUCCACCAUGUAAAAUGUAUGAACAAAGUCA